AGCUCAUUCGUUUCUAACGACCCAACACCGACUGAAGUCAAAAUGUCUGGAAGAGGCAAGGGAGGCAAAGGACUCGGUAAAGGAGGCGCUAAGCGUCACCGUAAAGUUCUCCGUGAUAACAUCCAGGGCAUCACCAAACCCGCCAUCCGCCGUCUGGCUCGCCGCGGCGGAGUGAAGCGUAUCUCCGGUCUGAUCUACGAGGAGACCCGCGGUGUGCUCAAGGUGUUCCUGGAGAACGUCAUCCGUGAUGCCGUCACCUACACCGAGCACGCCAAGAGGAAGACGGUGACCGCCAUGGAUGUGGUGUACGCUCUGAAGAGGCAGGGCCGCACCCUGUACGGCUUCGGAGGUUAAACCUGAUCCGGACAAACUCAACAACACAACGGCUCUUUUAAGAGCCACA